CCCCGAGACAACAAGAUGGCGGCGCCGCGGGACGGCUCGCUGGCCCCGUGGAGUCCCUGACAGUGAACCUCAAGACUAGAGCUAUGAGCUCACCUCUGGCCUCUCUUAGCAAGACACGGAAGGUGCCGCUAGAGUCGGAGACUGUGAAUCCUGGGAGGCGAGGGAUAAGAAUCUACGGAAAUGAGGAUGAGGUGGACAUGCUGAAUGAUGGACAAGACUCAGAAGAGAAGAUCUCUGUGCCUUCCUGCUAUGGGGGCAUCGGUGCCUCUGUGGGUAGGCAAGGCCUUAUGUUCCAUGACUCGGAGCUGAUGGCCUCCAUGGCCAGGAAGCUGCAGGAGUUGGAGCAGCAGCUGAAGGUCCAGAAUGAUGAACUACUGUCCAAGGAGCAGAAGAUCCUGGCCCUGGAGGAUUUGGUGCAGACCCUCCAGCAGCACCAGAACAGUACAACCCUGAAGAGGCAGGAGGAGCUGGAGACACAGUGCAUUCAGCUACAACGGCAGGUUGGUGAGAUGGAGCGGUUCCUCAGUGACUAUGGCCUGCAGUGGGUGGGCGAGCCCAUGGACCAGGAGAACUCAGAGGAAAAGACAGUCUCUGAAAAUGAUGAGCGGGACUGGAUGAAGGCCAAGAAGUUCUGGAAGCCAGGGGAUUCUUUUGUGCCCCCCGAGGUGGACUUUGACAGACUGCUGGCCAGUCUACAGGAUUUGAGUGAGCUGGUGGUGGAGGGAGAGGCCCAGGUGACACCAGUGCCUGGUGGGGCUCAGUUCCGUACCCUAGAGCCCAUCCCGCUGAAGCUCUACCGGAAUGGCAUUAUGAUGUUUGAUGGGCCCUUCCGGCCCUUCUACGAUCCCUCCACGCAGCGCUGCCUUCGGGACAUACUGGAUGGCUUCUUUCCCGCAGAGCUGCAGCGGCUGUAUCCUGAUGGAGUCCCCUUUAAGGUGAGCGACCUGCGAAAUCAGGUCUACCCAGAGGAUGGUCUGGGCCCAUUCCCGGGUGAGGGUCGUGUGGUGGGCCGGCAGAAAAUGCGCAAGGUCACAGACAGGGUGGAGGAGACUUCAGGCUCCAGGAUGACUGCUGAGAAAUUUCUGAACAGGCUUCCCAAGUGUGUAAUCCGACAAGGCGAGGUGAUUGACAUCCGGGGCCCCAUCAGGGACACCUUGCAGAACUGCUGCCCAAUGCCUGCCCGGAUCCAGGAGAUCAUAGUGGAGACGCCUGCCUUGGCUUCUGAGCGGCAGAGGAUGCUGGAGUCACCCGGCAUGCCAAUGCCUCCGCUCUCCAUGCUGCGCGUCAGGUCUGAGAAUGGGGAGCAGGUCUUCCUGUUGAUGAUGCAGCCUGAGGAUACCAUUGGUGAUGUGCGAAACCUCUUAGCACAGGCCAGGGACACGGAUUCGGCUGCCUUUGAAAUCUUGAGUACCUUCCCACCCACGGUCUACCAGGAUGAUGCAGUGACUCUGCAGGCCGCAGGCCUGGUUCCCAAUGCCACGCUGCUGUUACGGACUCGAAGAGUCCUGCUGUCGAAUCCCAGCUUUGGUACUGGCUCUGGCCCAGGCUCACUGCCCUGAAUAAAGUGCCGCCCCUGACAUC